AUGGUGCCAGUUCCUUGGGAGUGCAUUGGGCUUUGUGUCCUGACCUACACGAUGGUCCACGUCUCCUGCCAGGUGAUCACCUGCUCUUUGCCCUUCUUGCCGGAGGACGCAGACUUCCAGGAGGGCUGGAACACGUCGGAUUGCGGCUUGGUGCUCGGUUUUGCGGCCCUCGCCGCAGCGCUGGGCUACGGGGUCCACGGUCCGCUGAUCGACCGCUUCGGGGUCGUCUUUGGCCUUUCUGUCGCUCUGGGAGGCUGCAGCUUGGGCGUGGCCUUGUUGGCCACGGCUGAGACGCGGGCUGCCUUCGUUUUGGGCAGCAUCCUCGUCCGCUUCUCCUACGCUGCUGGCUGGCCAGCGGAAAUGAAGGCGCUGAAACUGCUGGUGCCAGAGGAGUACCAGGGCAUGGCGGUGUCCACACUGGGCUUUGCCUCCCGCGGCGGGGCGAUCCUUGGUCGUGGCUUCUUCGGAGUCUUGCUGCGAAGCUUCACCUGGAGGCAGAUCGCUUGGCAGGCUGCGCAGCUCCUCUUCGUCGCCGGAGGAAUCGCAGUGCUCGUGAUGCGAGGGCUCCUCACCUCGGCGAGCAAGGCACGCAGCGAAGCCUCCCGAAGCCAAAGUCGAGCGAUCGGAGAUGUCUUGAAGGAGCCCUCGGUGUGGCUGGUGACGGGAGCCUUUGCCUUCCUCUGCCAUGUGCAGCACGCCGACGACUUCAUGCCCCUCCUGUUCCAGGGGCUUACGAAAUCCAAGAGCGUCGUCUUGUCCUGCGUUUAUCCAGGAGGCGGCAUCGCCGCCAUGGCCUUGAAUGCUUGGAAAGGAAAUCUCCUGCAGCGGCACCAGCGCGAGCAGCUCUAUGUCGCCAGCAGCAUUCUGGCUGCUGCACUGCUCGCGGUGCUCCUUUUCAUCGCGGCUGCCGAAGCGGAAGCGGAAGUAUCGCCGGGCACGGUGACCGUCGUGGCACUGACGCUGUUUCUUGUUGCCUUCUGUUGCGCUUUGCCGUACUACCUGGUCCCCAACCUUUUUGCUUUUGACUUGAUGGGCACAGAGUGUGCCACUCUGAUUGGUUUCUUCGAGUUGACGUCCUUCUGCAGCAUGAUGCCAGCGCACAUGGUGCUGCUGCACAUAGCUGGGACGAUGGGGUGGACGUAUGCGCUCCUGCAGAUGGUGUUGACCAUGUGCUGCGCAGCGAUUUUCCUGGCCCUUCUAAUACCAAAGUGGCGAGCACUUCUGGCCCGCCGCUUACCAGAGCGAGGCGAGCGGCUCGGCUCGCUCGGCUCGGCUGGAGCCGUCGAAGACGGCCAUGUUUCCAGCUACACCUCACUGCAAGACAAGCUCAGCUGA